GCCUGGGGGAUAGAUUAUAUUCGGUGGGGUUGGCAAGUGAAGUGGAGCAGGUAGAAAUGAGCUUUAGUAAAGAGGUGAGCUGAAAAGUUGCGGCAUUUAUUUAUUAUUAUUACGAAAAAGAAAAACAUGCAAUAAAGUGAAUGAUGCAGGCCUGGCCGGCUGGCUGGAUCAUCUACCCACCGUUCAAACCCCAUUUUUAUUAAAGUGAAACAGUUGAUGAGAUGAGGUGUAGUAUAGCUAGGUACGUUUGAAUAGAAGAGGCCGGCGAGGGGAUGGAGUAAUGAAUGGAAAAGAAUUAUUAUUAGUGAUGAAGCAGCGGACAGCCGUAGGCGGCCGUUUGAAGAGAGGGUUUUGGAGUGCUGAAGAGGAUGUGGCUCUCAAGAAAUGCGUAGAGACACACGGGGAGGGCAAUUGGGCUACCAUCUCUGCCCAAUCAGGUAAUUAAUUACCUUACUUACUUCCGUCCCUCCCUACAUCUGCAUGCGCGCUUACUAAUUCCUUAAUUAAUUAAGGGAAAAUUAUCGGUCCAGGACCCGAAAGAUGAGCGUAUUAUCGAUUUGGGACCCGAAAGAUAAUUUCAAUCAAUAAGGGACCCGAAAGAUCGUAAUCUAUCGAUUCAGGACCUGAAAAUUUAACACCGUUAGUUUGUCCCUAACGGAAUAUGACGUGGCGCGUCAAAAUGUAUGACUCGGCAUGAAACCUCACCUUCAAUGUUCGUCGCUUUUCGAGCCCACUCAUCCAACCUCUUCUUCCUCAGCUGCUGUUUUGAUGCAGUGACUAGAAAAUAUAGCGGCCAACGAGGAGAAGCUCUUCAAAACUUUCUUCACAGGUUUGAUGAGAAGCGGGAAGAGCUGCAGGCUGAGAUGGAAAAAUUACUUGAGGCCAGACAUAAAGCGUGGGAUGAUGUCCGCAGACGAAAAGGAUCUCAUCAUCCGAAUGCAUAAACUUCUGGGCAACAGAUGGUCGCUCAUUGCAGGCAGACUCCCCGGCCGGACUGACAACGAGGUCAAGAAUUUCUGGAACACGCAUCUCAACAAGAGGCGGAGGAGGAGAAUACUGAAGAAGACCACAUUGCCGCCGCCUCAUCAGCUGGGGGUGCUGGACGACGACAAUCACAUUCAUAAUAUGAUUUCAUCACCACCUAAUAAUAAUAAUAAUAAUGAUAAAGGAGGAAUUAUUAUUGUGGAUGAUAAAGGAGAAGAAGAAGAGGAAUUGAUGAUAAAGGAGGAGGAGGAGGAUUCAUGGAUGCAGAUGGGCAACACAUCAUAUUCAUCCAUGACGGCGGCGACAGGCAACAACUUCUUGCCUUCGCCUCUAAUGAUGUUUGGGGGCGACGACCCUUUCUGCCAUAUUCCCGUGUGGGAUAAUGACGGCGGCGGCAUAUUGUUUGAUGAAACCUUCCUUCACACGAUCCUGCAGGGCAGCUAGUCGAUCCAUCGGCAUUGAAUUGGCCUGGGUGAUGAUAUUUAUAUAGGGGAUAAGUUAGUUUCGUGCCUCAGCUGGUGCUUCAUCACUUCAAAUUAUGUAUGUAGGUGAUGACGUACACCAGCUUCGUUCCGAAACCAUGCAUGCAUGCACUUGCCUAUUCUACUUCAUCACACCAUAAUAUAUUAUAUUACUCCCUCUAUCCUUAAAACUUUGUCAACUUUCCUUUUUUGUAUGUCUUCCUACCUUCACCACUUUCCCUUUUAAUAAAAAUUUGUGGUUCCAAUUAAUUCUCUUCCCUCUGCACAAACUUCAACCACACAGUUUUUACUUUAUUAAUUACUACGUAUAUUCAAACUA